UAACACUAAUAAAUAAAGAAAGACUAAUCUUUAGAUCCAAACGCAUACACGCUCUGUCUAUUAGUAACAUUAUCUCUCCAAUUCACUGUCGAAAUCACCCGAUUAUCUGAUCGGAAUUGAUUUCUAAAAUGGGAAAAGGAGGCGGCUGCGUUCCGAGUAAGAAAAAACAACCACCAGUGUCCGACGACCCUGUUUCCACCACCCGCGAAGCCGAACCAAUCCCUGUUAACGACGAGGAAACUAAUGAUAUCGCAAGCACAUCACUAGAGCCCACAAUUUCAUCAAAAUUGAAAGUUUUUAUUGUGUUUUACUCCAUGUAUGGGCAUGUGGAAGGAUUGGCCAAGAGAAUGAAGAAAGGAGUGGACGGAGUGGAAGGAGUUGAGGCUUUUCUAUAUCGGGUUGCAGAAACGUUGUCUGAUGAUGUUUUGAUCAAAAUGAAAGUUCCGGAGAAAGAUGUUGGGAUCCCUGAGAUUACGGCGGCGGAAUUGGUGAAUGCGGAUGGUGUUUUGUUUGGGUUUCCGACAAGGUAUGGGUGUAUGGCUGCGCAGAUGAAAGCGUUUUUCGAUUCGACGGGGCAGUUGUGGAAGGAGCAGAAACUUGCUGGGAAACCUGCUGGGUUUUUUGUUAGUACUGGGACUCAAGGUGGAGGUCAAGAAACUACUGCAUGGACCGCAAUUACCCAGUUGACCCACCAUGGGAUGCUAUUUGUUCCGAUUGGAUACACCUUUGGAGCUGGCAUGUUCAAGAUGGAUUCCAUUCGAGGGGGCUCUCCAUACGGCGCUGGAGUUUAUGCUGGGGAUGGCUCAAGAGAAGCAAAUGAAACAGAGUUGGCACUUGCUGAACAUCAGGGUAAAUAUAUGGCCUCAAUGGUCAAGAGGCUUGCCCAGACCUGAUGACAUGUUUUACUCUUUAGAACGCAUUUACAUCCCUUUAUCUACGUUAAUUUGAGUGCAUUUUUUUGUAAUUGUUCUUGUUGUUUUACUCACUGUCAUAUUUGGAUUGGAGGAUCAUACACGGUCAAUUCUAUUCCACAUUUCUCCCCUUUUCCACUCAAUGCUGCAAGCUGUUUAUGACUCCAAAUUGUUGGAAUAACGAUAUGGAUUUGUUGGACACGUUAUUUUGUAGAUUUAUUUUUUGUUU